UCGAUCCGGGAAGCAAUGGAGCGGGACGCCGCCGUCACCGUGAGAGCAUCCAGAAAGGCGAUCAUCGCCAAAAUAUUCAAAGUUCGCAAGAGGAGAGAGAUGCUUUUCGUUCAGGUGUGCUUCAUCUGCAGUGUUCUCUUCGUGGCGUGGAGCAUGUCGGCGCUGCUGACCAACACAGGCCACGGGCUGGUGGAUGUCGAUUACGAUGACAGACACUGGGGAAGAAGACUGAUGGCUUCGGCGCCACACAGUCACACAGAUAAGAACUGCUCGGAGCCAGCAAUACGAGAGUUCCCAGAUGACUUAUUCUCCAAUGGUGAGCGAAAGACUGGAGCCAUUCUGCUGCAUAUUGUUGCGGCGCUCUACAUGUUUCUGGCCCUCGCCAUUACGUGCGACGAGUACUUUGUCACGUCGCUGGAGAAGAUCUGUGAGAAACUUGAUCUGAGUGAAGAUGUUGCAGGAGCCACCUUCAUGGCAGCUGGCAGUUCUGCACCAGAGCUUUUCGCCUCAGUCAUCGGUGUUUUCAUCACUCACGGCGAUGUGGGGGUGGGGACCAUCGUGGGCUCGGCAGUCUUCAACAUCCUCUGUAUCAUUGGUGUGUGCGGGAUCUUUGCUGGACAGGUGGUGAUGUUGACCUGGUGGGCUGUUUUCAGGGAUUCUUUCUACUACAUUCUCUCUGUUAUUGCUCUGAUUGCAUUCAUCUACGAUGAGAAGAUUGUGUGGUGGGAGAGUUUGGUCCUGGUUGUCAUGUAUGCUGGAUACAUCCUUGUCAUGAAGUUCAACUCCAGCAUGCAGAACAUUUUCAUUGGGAAGAUGAAGAAAAACAUAGCCAAUGGUAAUGCAGCGGCCAGCAGUGAGAUGGAAGACGUCAAGUCUAGUAAGACCUACAACCGGGGCUCUGUGGUGAUGGUGGAUGAGAUCCUGAACGACAGCCCUUCUAAGUUCAGGUUUCCGGAGGCCGGACUCCGUGUCAUGGUCACCAGCCACUUUGGACCAAAGACCCGCCUGCGCAUGGCGAGUCGCCUAAUCAUCACAGAGAAGUUUGUGCAAGCUGCCAACGGCGUAGAAACACAAGUGACUAGCAAGAAGUCCGACACUGAGAAUGGAAUCGUACCAGAGGAAAAACCCAGUGAGAUGGAGGAAAAUGAUACCAUCUCUCCGUUCCAUAUUCCAAUGGGUGUCGGCAGUAAGGUGAAGUGGCUGAUCUCAUGGCCAUUGCUGCUGUUGCUGUAUUUCACUGUCCCAGACUGUGCCAAGCCCCGGUGGGAGAAAUACUUCAUGCUCUCAUUCAUCCUCUCCACAGUCUGGAUUGCAGUCUUCUCCUACUUCAUGGUUUGGAUGGUCACUGUAAUUGGCUAUACUCUGGGAAUUCCUGAUGUCAUCAUGGGAAUCACAUUCUUGGCAGCAGGCACCAGUGUUCCAGACUGCAUAGCUAGUCUCAUAGUGGCUCGGCAAGGCCUCGGAGAUAUGGCGGUGUCCAACACUAUCGGCAGCAAUGUAUUUGAUAUUCUUGUGGGACUUGGGGUUCCCUGGGCCAUCCAGACUAUUUUUGUCAGCUAUGGAUCAGAGGUGAUGAUCAAUAGUCGGGGGCUGGUGUACUCUGUGGUCCUUCUUCUGGGCUCUGUAGCCCUUACGGUGUUGGGGAUUCAUCUGAAUAAGUGGAAGUUGGAUGUGAAGCUGGGCCUGUAUGUCAUCAUCUUGUACGCAGUGUUCUUGUGCUUCUCUAUCAUGAUCGAGUACAAUGUCUUCACUUUUGUCAACUUGCCGAUGUGCAUUGAGGAUUAGAGUGCAGCAACAUGCCUCGGAUACAGAUGCCACAAAGCUCCCGCAGUGACUACAAACUUUUCUUCCAGAAAUACUGGACCUAUUGACACUCCCCUGUCACGUCCUUGCAAUUGUUCCUAUUCCUCUAAUCUCACAAGACUGACUUUCAAUGUGAGUGUACACCCAUUUUGCGUAUUUGUCCUAGACACCCAGUGCCAGUCCUUAAUGUCCAGGUUUUGGGCGUUGCCUGUUAUUACAGUAUUUGGUUCCUCUGAGCUUGCAACCUCCCCUACCUAGUUUGCAUGCCUUCUUAGAUGUUGGGAACCCCCAAAUAUAAGUACCCAUGUUGAUCGUCGGUGUGCGUUUUUCAGUAUUGAUGUUGUAGAAUACUGCACGCCAUUCCAAAGCUUUUCACAAGCCACGCCAUGCGUACAUGGCAUUUGCUGCUUGAAAUCCAAAUCCCAACAAACACUCAACUUGGCUAGUCCCAUGAUUUAUCAAGUGCACCCCUCCCAUUUGUUACCCGGAAGGGACGCUAUAUCCUCUCCAGCUCCUCCAACUUACGGCCGACUUCCCUGAAGCGGCAUCAGAUGAGCGCCGAUCCUCCUCUGCUCUGCGGACUUCCUUCAGACACUUUGGUGGGAUGCGGUGCCGAGCUACAUUGCAGUCCAGUUCAGAUGACUGAGUUAUGCAUAUGCCGCAGUGCACAUUUUUUUGUCUAGUAUGAAAUAGUAGUUUAUCGCAACUGUGGAACAUUGUGUUUUCACUGAAAUUGCACAUUCUUUGUGCUGAAAGGAGAUUUUGACCACUCGGUGGCGUAUCUGGCUCACCGUGGUACUCAGCCGUAGCUUUAUUUUUGCUCAGCAAGACAGCUUGUCUUGAUCUCGGCACAACGGAGUGGGUGGGUAGAGGUAGUUUAAAAAUUAUCUUGGAGAUUCUCAUGCUGUGUGCUGUAACCCUCUUUAUUCAGUAUGGGGUAAUGCAGCCCUCCUACCCAAGCCAGGGGUGGCCACUGCAGCCAUUGGUUAUCAGGGAAACUGAGAUUGUGAUGUUGACUUUUGACUUCUGUGUAGAUAUUGCACUUUAAUAGUUGUCCUCUCAUUCAGAAUCAAUUAGUGCUUCCUUCCAAGCGUCUUUACAGUGGCUACAUGAAAGACGUUUGUGCGUGUGUUGGGUAUGUCACGCUGGCCUCUCGACCCUUAGACUGUAACCUCAACUACAUGAGCACACCUGCCUUUGUCUGUACUGCAUGUUGGGACAUUAAACACAACUCCUCCAGAGCACAGCAAAGGCAGAGGGCUAGGCCAUCACCACAUUUUUUGUUAAUCGGGCAGCUACAAGCUACACCACGAUCUAGACAUUUUUGAUGCAAAAAUGCACAAAGGCUGAGAGGAGUCCACAAGUGAGGAUGAAUUAAAAGUUGAAUGUCCUUUCUGCAGGCAGCUGGCACUUGUAUAUGCAAUCCUAUUAUAAAGGUUUCUUUGGAGCCUCCUGCAUGGCUGUCAUAUGGCAGGAAGUCCCAUGGUGUCCUCGUUUUACUUUGUGUGAGCUCACAGUUGACCAAGCCCCCAAAGGAUGGAUGAGAUGUUCUUCCACGUGCGCAUACCUACAGCCCCCUCUCCCUUGUACAAGGGCAUUAAACAACUGAAGCUGAUCCAUCAGGGACCCACUGGGUGGCUGGUUCCUAUGCCUCCGGUUGAAACUCAUCACU